CAUAUUCCUCAAGUCAAAAGUCUCAAAAUGAAGUUUUUCGUUAUUUUUUGUAGCUUUUUGAUUGCCGGUAUCUAUGGAGCUGCUUACGAUUGGAAGACUCCGGAGGGAUGCUCUUGUAGUUGCCCCGCUACUUAUGCAGGACCCUUCCCUCCGCCAUCUUCCGUCGCUCAUUUGCGUGAUCCCUAUGUCGCUGGAAGAGUUGCGCCUUAUGAUCCUUAUACCGCGACGCCAUGGAAUCGAGCUGCUGUUGAUCCUUAUUACGAUCCGUAUCGCGGCGUUGCCCCAGCUUACAAUCGUUGGAAUCAACCAGCAUGGAAUGCUACAUGGAAUCGCCCAUGGGUAAAUCCAGCUGUUAAUCCCGCAUGGGUAAAUCCUGCUGUCAAUCCUGCAUGGAAUCGUAAUCAAUGGGGAGCUGCUGGCGCAUGGAAUAGACAACCUGCUGCAUGGAAUGCCAAUAGAUGGAAUUCAAAUGUUGCCGGAAAUGCAAAUAGCGCCACAGGAAAUAAUGAUAAUAAUCAAUCCAAGGAAUCACAAUAGAUGGCGUUCAUUACAAGAAAAACUUUCUGAUGAAAUGAAGAUCGAUCUUAAGAUCGAAAAUCUACCAUUUUGAUAAAAAUUUUGAGUAUCUUAAGUUCAAACUCGAAAAAUCGAAUUGAAAAUUCUAAUAAGUUGUUUUUAAAAUUUUCAUAUAAAAUUAGUGAUAUGGUUAACUUCUAAUCUAUCUUAAUAACAUACGAUUUUCUUCUUUUUUAAGUUUUUGUCAAAAAAUAAAAAUUCAAAUUUUUAUUGGAUAAGCAUCAUUUUUCGCAAUAACAAUAUUUUACAAAGGCUACUAACAAUAAUUAUCAAAAAAAUGGUUUUACCGUUAAGCAUAAUGUCUUUUCUCUAAUGUCCGAUCUUGUUGUGAAAAAAUUAUUUCAUACUAAAAUACGAAAUAGAAAAAUUUAGUUUAAAUUCAAAACAGUUGGAUAAACACAAAAUUUGCUUAGAACUCGGCAAAACUCGGAAACUGUGCAAAAAUGAUGUGAUAAACUUAUUGGUCAUAAAAUAAUCUAAAAAAAUAACCUUGAAAAUAAAAACUUUUGGUAUUUGAACUUGAGUUCUACAAUACAAUUGGGUAAAUAUUGUAUCAAAAAAUUAAGCAAAACAAAAAUUUUUCAAAAAUAAAAAUUUGAUUGUUUUUUUUUAAA